UACCCCGCUUCCUCUCGUCCUUGAAGGGUACCAAUCGAGACUGGGACAAGGAACAAGAUUGCUCAACGCAGCUCGAGUAUGGCCUCGGCUGCGAUCUUGGCUCACCAAAGUGGACUCGACAGACUCGUGUGAGGAUGACCUGAUCGGACAGGUGACCGCACGAGUUCCGCCUCCUCUCCUACGCGUACGCUCAGGUAAGAUAUCUUUCUGCUGUUCCCUGACAUUCUUCCUCUUGGCCUCGCCAUAUUGUCUAUCCUAUUCCCCCCAGCUAUUCGAAGCGAAGCAUACCACAUAGACUCACCAUGCCUCUCGCCCAAUCCUGGCUCGACUUCGAGAACAGCGUAGGCGGCCGCUCGCAGCUCAAAGGUACACCGGAGGAGAUCCGAGCGCAGUACGAUGGCUUGAUCCAGGCGCUGAUGCCGCUGUAUUCCGCUCCGUCGGACGCUGUGGAGUCGAAAGACUUCGACGCAGACGGCGUCAAGGUUAGAGGGUAUUGGCCGAAGGGGACGACAGGGGAGCUGCCUGCUGGAAUCUGGACUCACGGGGGCGGUUGGGUGGUUGGAGAUAUCAACGGCGAUGACUUGCUGUGCCGGGCUGUCUCGGAGCACAACAAGGUUGCUCUCUUAAGUGUCGAGUAUCGCCUCGCACCGGAGCAUAAGUGGCCGGCGCAGCUGGAUGAUUGCAUGACUGCAUAUAAGUGGGCCCACAAGAACGCCUCGUCCUUCCACGCAGAUGCAAACAAGUUCUUCACCAUCGGCGGCUCAGCCGGUGGCGGUCUCGCCCUCUCCACCGCAAACCAAGUCAUCCAAGACUCUUCGCUGAAGUCAAGCCUCAAAGGCAUCGCAGCUAUCGUUCCGGUUGCCGUGCAUUGGGACAGCUGUCCGGACAAGUAUAAAUCCAAGUAUACAGCCUACAAAGACAACGCCGAAGACGCACCCGUCAUCAACAAGCAGUCUAUGGCGGACUUCUUCAAAAUCACUGGCGUGGAUCCGAAUGAUGAGAACACCUUUACUUCUCUUGCGACGAAGAAUCACAAGAACUUCCCGCCCACAUAUUUUGCGAGCUGCGAGUUCGAUCCGCUGAGAGACGACGCUACGGUCAUGGAGGCGGCGCUGAAAGACGCCGGGGUGGAAACAAAGCAUGAUCAUUACAAGGGUUUCCCGCACUACUUUUGGAUUGUGCCGACGGUACCGGAGAGUCAGACGUUUGUGCAGAAUCUGGUGGGCGGGAUUGAGUGGUUGAAGUCGAAGAUGUGAGAUUACUCGUACUUGUGCUGAAGGAGCUGCUAAGCUAGAGUGUUGCUACACGUAUUGCAACCACUAUAGCGAGCCGCUUCAGCAUUUCCCGCUGGUGCUACGCUCACCUUCACCGUCGUCCAUGUCCUAUUCUUCCCUUACCGACAUUGAAGCGCAGGAACUCAGUCACUUACUCAGUCGUGUAAUCUCAGGCCAACCUGCGCUUCUAGAUCAGUAGGACGCAAGUCGUCGGGCUCCCAGAAUCUUCCGGAAGGUUCUGCAUUCAUGCUUUCCAGCACUGCUCGCGUCACUAGCGGACCACCGAGCUUCGGACUGUCAACG